CCAACACCUCCGCGACCCUUCCUUGUCAUUUCAUCCAUCACAUCCGAGCUCGCCAUUGGUGCCAAGAUCUCGACCGUUGCUUGUGGUGGGUGGCGACUUGAUAUUCCCCACCUUAAAGGGCUCACAAGUAGCUGCCUUGUGCACGGCAGAGAUCGCCUCAUCUCUCACUCUCUGGAAAGAGGUGACCAGCCAACAUCCCACAUCCUCUUUCUACAUCCAAGCCUAUACCUCCCCCGAGCCCUGAUGAUCGUAACUGGAGGCGCCUCAUACUAGGAUUGCCUCACCUGAGGAGAGCAUAAGGGACUGCGUACAGCUCAGGAACGGGUACGCGGCCCCUCCAGAUCAAGGCACCGAUCAUCCAUCGUCCCUGCAGAUCCGGCCACGCGUAGAUCCGUUCUGACUUCGGCAUCCAUCGCAUCUUCUGAAACGCAUCGCGAUCUGCGCCGUCCGCUCGUAGAUCGUCUGCGAUGGCCUCGCCGCUCACCUCACGCCCGUCCACGCCCAAGAGCGCGGGGGUUCAUGUUACAGCAGCAGGACCGAUACCAAGCGGGCGGUACGAGCGCGGCUCUUCCAGCGCCUCCUUCACCAGCCUACACUCGCCUUCCCGCACUGCCAUCAGUCUGGAAGACGUCAAGAAGUGGAACGAUGGCGAUGUAGCCGCUUGGCUCACCUCUCAUCGACUCGCUCAUCACGCCUUGACCUUUGCGCAAAACGACAUCACAGGUCAAGUCCUCCUUGAUGUGGACCAGAAUGCCCUGAGGGAAAUGGGCAUCGUGGCUGUGGGAGACCGCAUACGAGUCUUCGCUGCCAUCAAGGCUCUCAAGAAGAGGUGCAUAGAGAGCGGGCAGGUCAAUCGCAAUGUGAUGCUGCAAGCUCAGGAGAGAGCAGAAGCGGCUCAUCGUGCUCAGCUUCAGGCUGAACAAGCCCAGGAGGAUGAGAACCUGAUGGAUUUCCUGAGCCGACCUCACCAGGUCACCUUCAUCAAUGAAGAUCCAAACGGCCAAAUAGAGUACCUGAAUGGCUCUGUAGGGGAGCGGGAGACCGGAGGAUAUCUCCCUGCCCUCGGGGCUCUCGAUGGCGCAGCAGCGGCCGCGGCAGCCGGCCCAAGGACUCAGGAUGAGAGGCGAACUCGCCCUAGCUCGAGACCUCCACCACUGAGGUUGUCUGGAUCUGCAACUAGUAACGUACCCACCACUCCUACCUAUCCUAGUCCCGCUUUGCACGGCUCCUUCAAUAUCAAUGGUUCCCAGGGCAAUGGAACGUAUGGCCAAGCCAUCCCUGGCUUCGCCCAGAACCGAGGGCUUGGGACGGUAGGCUCAGGAAGCGGAAGCUCAGUCGAGCGUCCCAGCAGUGCCAAUCGUAGCCCUUUGCCCCCGUCCAUGAGAAAUGGUGAAGGAAGGCUGGACAAUUCAAGUGCAGCGACCGCCUCUGGCCAUCCCACCCAUCGCAAGACCAACUCCGCAUUGCCUAGCUUCAUGAUGACUCAGGCUACACCGGUGGAGGCUGGCAUUGUCCCUCGCCAAUUUGGCAGUCUUGGAGCCCCCGCUGGAAGACCGUCCAAUGGAUCUCCAUACAACACUAUGGGAGGUCUAGAGCAUCAGCAAGGCAACGUUGCUCGGUUGGCUCAUCACUUCGGCUCGCCUUCUGCACAAAGUCCCACCGGUGGAUCGUUCGGAAGCAGGCAGAUUCGACCAGCCACUGCCGAUUCAGCGUACGACAAUCAUGCUCGCGGAGGGUGGAAUCCGUACGGAGGAGACACCUCCCUCAAUGCUGGUGGCCCUGGAGCAGCAUCACCACUCACCCCCAUCACAGAAGGUCUGACGCAAUCGCCGACGACUCCAACUUCGUCUGCCGGCAAUGCCCGGCAAGGCGGCACCGUUCGUGGCGGAAGCAGCUCAGCCCUGCGCUUCAACAGCUAUGCUGCCUCGACAGCCUCAUCUAGCAAUGCAGCCUCCUCGACCCUUCGUGGUCCUAAUUCCACCUUCUCGAGCCACGACAAUGCCCAUCAUCCGUCACUUGAAGAUCUCAGGAGAAAGACGAUCAAAUUCAUUGGCGAUGAUGGGACUACUAGGAUUGUCAACGUCUCGGACUGUACUGAUGCGCACGAGGUCCUUGCCAGAGUCCUCAAGAAGUUUGGAAAGAGCGCUAGCGCGAAUACCUACCCAGCACCUCAAGGCCAUAGUCCGGCUGUCGAAGGCUCCUUCGACGCAGGAGCUGCAGGGGAGGCUGAGAAGUACGUCAUCGUUGCUGUGUCUCUCGAAGGUCAGACCCGUGAGCUCAAGCCGGAAGAACUCCUUGCCAUCUGCCACGCUCCGCAAACGCAUGAUCCUUUGAGAGAACGUGGUCUGGUACUGAGAAAGAUCCCCAAUGGCGCUUCCUCGACUGACUCCACAUCGCGAAGGAUUGCAAGAUCGGGCAGAAACAAGCUCGAGGCCUUCUUUGGCGAAAGGAUGCACGACACUCUUCACCACGGUCACGGUCACGGCCACAGCUCGUCCAGCUCUGCUCAAUCCGGUGCCCACACGGGCAGUGGAACUGGCACGCCUGCCGAUGGGGAUAGCUCUAGUACGACAGUGGGUCACGUCACCACUGCUGGCAAGAAGAUGAACCGAGCUUCUACAGUCUCGAUCAUGAGUGGUCUUGGCGCUGGAGCCCUCAUGGCAAUGGUUGCAGCCGGUCACAACGUUGGCAACGCUCAAAGCUCUCCUGCAAGCUCGUCAGCUCGGGGUGGCGCGCGGUCUCCGCCUGAGGCCAAUUCAGAUAGGGAGAGUCGCACGGACACUGCUCACAAGGCUGGCUCAGGCUCGCUAAUAGCACUGCCGAGGAAGACUAGAAACUUCAUGGGCCAGCGUCCUCCUUCGGAACUCAUUUCGAAUCAUUUGGCCGAUUUCUUCCCUGCUACAGAAAAGAGAGUUCUGGAGAGGACGGCGAGGAAGAGCAUCUACGGGCGGGCAAGCACAAGUCUGAGGAGUAGUAAGCGUGACUCUACUUGGAGCUUCAGAGGAGGCGCAACAGGUGAGGACAGCAUACCUCCUCCACUUCCUACCAAGACUGGCAACGAGAGCGACUUCAGAAGAGCAGCAAAGGACGCAAUGAGCAUGAGCUCCCCUCCUGUGACUAACGCCCCAACCCUUCCAGCGGUCGUGAGUGGCGCUUCGCUCGAUGACUGGAGCAAGAGCAUCCAGCAGAGUGUCGGCGGUGCGAGCAAUUCUCGUCUGGAGAUCCCAGAUGGUACGCAGUACGCAUCCCGUCCGCGGAACGUCCGUCAAGCCUCUGACCACUCGUCGGCUCGCGUCUCCCUCGAGUCUACCCGCUCGCGCAAGUCGUAUGGUUCUCACUUGCGCACAGCUCGAGGUCCGAGCAGCAUGAGUGGUGGCUUCACUUCGUCGUCCGCCUCGAAUCGACCUGCAAGCACACUCAAUGAUCGCAGUGAUGCUGCUUCGAUGCUAACUGUUGACGAGAUUACCCAAGAGGUGGAGAGCAGGCGAUUGAGUCAGACGUUCAAUGAUGCUGCAGGUGAUGUAGAAGAUGAUACCUGCGUGGUAGACGGAGACGGUGUUCCCAUCCCCAUCCGGCCUGCGGCGAGGAGAGGCGGGUCAGGCAGCAGACCCAAGAGCAAGCGCGAUACAAACAGUCGUAGUGCCGGUGACAGGACUAGCGUAAUCACUCUGGAGGGUGAUUCCCUGCGGGAACGGCGCGGCAGUGGCGAUGAGGACGGUGAUGCUGCAUCGGCUUUCUCUGGCUCGAGAGCUCAGGGAUCGAGUCCGGCUCCCGCUAGUGUGGUGUUAGAGAGGCCGAGCCCCGCCAUGGACAUGCAGCGGCCUCCUCUGUCUUCGAGUCUCGAGGAAGAGGACGAAGACGAGGAAGGGGAGGAACAGGACGAUGAUGAGGAUAGCGAACGCGGCUCACUCAGCGAGUCUUCGCUGCUCGACGACUAUGGUGAAGCGGACGAGGAUGAUAGCGUCUCCGAUGAGGACGAGGAUGAGGAGAAGGAUGACGAGGAGGACCAGAAAGCUCCCAGUGUCAAAGAAGAUAUCGCUGGCGAUACCUCCGCCGAUGGGGUUGCCCGUAGCCGCUCCGUGGGCGGCGCUGGUUCUGCAUCUCGUGCCAGCUCUGGCCAAGCGGCUAUGACAAAGAAGACAUCCUCGAGUGGCGCGUCCAAGCAGCCCAUCAAGUGGAUCAAGGGUGCUCUCAUCGGUGCAGGCUCCUUUGGCUCAGUCUACCUCGGCAUGAAUGCCAAGAAUGGUCUGUUGAUGGCUGUAAAGCAGGUGGAGCUGCCAUCUGGACAGUCGCAGAACGACCAGAAGAAGAAGAGGAUGCUAGAUGCCCUCGAGGGGGAGAUUGAAUUGCUCAAGACCAUUCAGCAUGAGAAUAUUGUGCAGUACCUGGACAGCUACGCCGACGGCACGCACUUGAACAUUUUCCUCGAGUACGUUCCCGGUGGAAGUGUCGUCGCUCUUCUAAGAAAUUACGGCGCUUUUGAGGAACCCCUUGUCCGCAACUUUGUCCGACAGAUCCUGCAUGGUCUCUCCUUCCUUCACGGGCAGGACAUUGUGCAUCGCGAUAUCAAGGGCGCCAACAUUCUCGUGGACAACAAGUCCUGCAUCAAAAUCUCCGACUUUGGCAUCUCCAAGAAAGUCGAAUCAGACCUCCUCACCAAUGCCCGGGCACAUCGUCCAAGCCUGCAAGGGUCCGUCUUCUGGAUGGCUCCCGAAGUGGUGAAACAAACGUCGUACAGUCGCAAAGCUGACAUCUGGUCUCUGGGCUGUCUCGUCGUGGAAAUGAUGAGCGGUACGCACCCUUGGCCUAACCUCAAUCAGAUGCAAGCCCUCUUCAAAAUUGGAAGCUGUGCAAAGCCUAGUUUACCAGAGGAGAUUUCGGCCGAGGCAGUAGAUUUCUUGGAAAAGACGUUUGAGAUUGAUCAUGAGAAGAGGCCGACGGCGGAUGAGCUGCUGAGGCAUGCCUUCAUCACCGAAGAGGUCCUGGGCGCGACCACAGGGGACGAGAUGGACGGAGAAGCUGGCAGGGCCCAGGCUACGUCAGAAGAGGGGGAGGGACAGGGGCAGGGGGAGGAAGAGGCCCCUAAGGUCGCCCCUGUGGCUGCGCCGCCCCUCGCCGCGGGACAAGUUGAUGGCACGGCGCCAGCUACAAAGAGGCGGGAGCGGCAAGCCUCGCAUGUGAGCGAAGCCUGAGGGAGGGAAGCAAGCAAGGCAGUACGUAUGAUGAUUGGCCGAGCCAGGCGAGCAUGCAAGCCUGCCGUCCGGAAUCCAUUACCUGUCAUCCCAACCCCCUCUCAUCUUGCUCAUCUACGCUCGCUUCGUCCUGUAGCUCCGAGCGCUCCGCUCUGCUCUCACCCCUCUCGCUUCCACCUUUCCCCCCACCCUUGCGCCCCGGCUAACUUGUAAGCUCUUGCGAUCUCCUCGCUUCAAACUGCCUUGCCUUGCCUUCCUG